GAGAGAUGGAGGUCAGAGUGACGGAGGUCAGAGUGACGGAGGUCAGAGAGAUGGAGGUCAGAGUGACGGAGGUCAGAGUGACAGAGGUCAGAGAGAUGGAGGUCACAGAGAUGAAGGUCUGAGUGAUGAAGGUCAGUGAGAUGGAGGUCAGAGUGAUGGAGGUCAGUGAGAUGGAGGUCAGAGGGAUGGAGGUCAGUGAGAUGGAGGUCAGAGUGAUGAAGGUCAGUGAGAUGGAGGUCAGAGUGGUGGAGGUCAGUGAGAUGGAGGUCAGUGAGAUGGAGGUCAGAGUGAUGGAGGUCAGAGUGACGAAGGUCAGUGAGAUGGAGGUCAGAGUGGUGGAGGUCAGUGAGAUGGAGGUCAGAGUGAUGGAGGUCAGAGUGACGAAGGUCAGUGAGAUGGAGGUCAGAGAGAUGGAGGUCAGAGUGAUGGAGGUCAGAGUGACGAAGGUCAGUGAGAUGGAGGUCAGAGUGAUGGAGGUCAGAGUGACGAAGGUCAGUGAGAUGGAGGUCAGAGUGAUGGAGGUCAGAGUGACGAAGGUCAGUGAGAUGGAGGUCAGUGAGAUGGAGGUCAGAGUGAUGGAGGUCAGAGUGACGAAGGUCAGUGAGAUGGAGGUCAGUGAGAUGGAGGUCAGAGUGGUGGAGGUCAGUGAGAUGGAGGUCAGAGUGAUGGAGGUCAGAGUGAUGGAGGUCAGAGAGAUGGAGGUCAGAGUGAUGGAGGUCAGAGUGACGAAGGUCAGUGAGAUGGAGGUCAGAGUGAUGGAGGUCAGAGUGAUGGAGGUCAGUGAGAUGGAGGUCAGAGUGGUGGAGGUCAGUGAGAUGGAGGUCAGAGUGAUGGAGGUCAGAGUGAUGAAGGUCAGUGAGAUGGAGGUCAGAGUGGUGGAGGUCAGUGAGAUGGAGGUCAGUGAGAUGGAGGUCAGAGUGAUGGAGGUCAGAGUGACGAAGGUCAGUGAGAUGGAGGUCAGAGUGGUGGAGGUCAGUGAGAUGGAGGUCAGUGAGAUGGAGGUCAGAGUGAUGGAGGUCAGAGUGACGAAGGUCAGUGAGAUGGAGGUCAGAGAGAUGGAGGUCAGAGUGAUGGAGGUCAGAGUGACGAAGGUCAGUGAGAUGGAGGUCAGAGUGAUGGAGGUCAGAGUGACGAAGGUCAGUGAGAUGGAGGUCAGAGAGAUGGAGGUCAGAGUGAUGGAGGUCAGAGUGACGAAGGUCAGUGAGAUGGAGGUCAGAGUGAUGGAGGUCAGAGUGACGAAGGUCAGUGAGAUGGAGGUCAGUGAGAUGGAGGUCAGAGUGAUGGAGGUCAGAGUGACGAAGGUCAGUGAGAUGGAGGUCAGUGAGAUGGAGGUCAGAGUGAUGGAGGUCAGUGAGAUGGAGGUCAGAGUGGUGGAGGUCAGUGAGAUGGAGGUCAGAGUGAUGGAGGUCAGAGUGAUGGAGGUCAGUGAGAUGGAGGUCAGAGUGGUGGAGGUCAGUGAGAUGGAGGUCAGAGUGGUGGAGGUCAGUGAGAUGGAGGUCAGAGUGGUGGAGGUCAGUGAGAUGGAGGUCAGAGUGAUGGAGGUCAGUGAGAUGGAGGUCAGUGAGAUGGAGGUCAGAGUGGUGGAGGUCAGUGAGAUGGAGGUCAGAGUGGUGGAGGUCAGUGAGAUGGAGGUCAGAGUGAUGGAGGUCAGAGUGAUGGAGGUCAGUGAGAUGGAGGUCAGUGAGAUGGAGGUCAGAGUGAUGGAGGUCAGAGAAAUGGAGGUCAGAGUGAUGAAGGUCAGAGUGAUGGAGGUCAGAGUGAUGGAGGUCAUGCUAACACUGAUGCUAACACUGAUAUAAACACAUAGAUGCUAACAC